UGGGGGUGGCAGAUGGGAAGCCGCAAUGCCUGUCACUCCCGAUAGACUUGCGGUUAUGGCGGGGGCUCGAGCAGCGCGUGAAAAGGCCGAGGAAAAUGUAAGCUCGUUCGGGGGUUCCUGCAGCGAGGAGGGCAGCAAUUGCGGUAAAUUAUCAAGGCCUCCGCCGUCGGCCAUAAUGGUGCCCUUGUAAUCCCUGAACAGCCGGAAAUGAAAAGCGAGAGGGUUAUUGUUUUCCCUGGCAGGAUGUGGAUCGAAUGUGCGAGAACCAGGCGACGAAUGCGGGAAUGACGUUGGAUCCUGGCAGAACUUGGCACAGUGCGCAAUCUCUCACUCCACAGCUGUAUCGUAGCUCAAUGUCUCACAGAAUUGAUCAUGACCAUGGACUCUCAUUGCGGUCAGCAUGCGUGCAGGAACAAUGGUGGCUGGUGGGUGUCUGUCAACGGCCCGCGCGGACAGCCAAGCAGCAGCCAAUCUGGACCCGCAAUCAAAGCGACGGAACGAGAGUUUAUUCGGAAGGCCGUUCGGAUCGAGCGAUAGAGGAGGGCAUGGAGGGUUGGGGGGUUGGACGGAAGAUGAGAUGGUGGGAGGACGGUCAAACGCGACGGACGGAGAGCGUGAAGGCGGACGGCAACUUGAUUCGUUUUGCCGUGGCUGGGAAGAUUCAGCUGAUCGGGUCGCGAAUUGAUGAGGUAGCACCAGUAGUAUUUAAUGUGCUUGUAGUUGAAGGAUGAAUAAUAAUAAUAAUAAUAAUAACAUUCCUCAGGCUUUUCGCGGCCGUAGGCUGCAUGUAGCCUUCUGAGCUAGUCUAUCCUGACGUAAUCAACUAUGUACACGUGAUGUUCCUUGAUCCCCCUGAUUUAUCAGUCCUUGUCGAAUCUUCCGGUCUUGAUGGUAAACUGGAUUACAG